AUGAAUACAACCAUCACAUUUUCACAUUGUUUUGAUGAAUUGAUCAAAACUGAAGACACUAAACCAAAACCUGUGUUGUGUUCAGAAUGUAGCUCUGGCGCCAAUUACGAUUUUACCCCUCCUCCAGUUCAUCUCAGCUUUCACUUUCAAAAUCCAAGUCCAUAUGUUGAGCAAACCAAACUAAACACUCUGUUCCAAAUGCUCAAGCUUCUCUCUUCACCUCAUAAAACCCAAACCCUAAACCCUAACAAACCAUUCCUCUUCCUCUCUCGCCUCCUCAGCCAAUCUCUCUCUAGCAAUCCCUACGAUUACGACCCUCCGUUUUCUCCAGCUUCCAAACCCCAAAACCCCAAAAACAAAAAGACCCAGAAUGCUGACCCGAACAAAGACCCGACCACCCAGCCUCUCAAAUCGGACCUUCCCUUCGACUUCAGCUACUCCUACUCGGAGACCCCGUCGGCGGAACCUAUUUCUUUCCGGGAGUCGCCCAAGUUCUCUCCUUUCGGCCCGGGACGGCUUGAUAGGAAAUGGACCGGGACGGUCGCCCCGGCCAAACAGGAAGUGGACUUGAACCGGCUGGCCCAGGAGAGAAAACGGGUUCUCGGAGACCCGCUUUCGGAGGAGGAAGUGGCUGAGCUAGUGGAACGGUAUCGGCAUAGUGAUUGCUCUCGCCAAAUCAAUUUGGGAAAGGGAGGAGUUACUCAUAACAUGUUAGAUGACAUCCACAACCAUUGGAAGCGGGCUGAAGCUGUGAGGAUCAAGUGUUUGGGGGUGCCAACUCUUGAUAUGGACAAUGUUUGCUUCCACCUUGAGGACAAGUCUGGAGGGGCAAUUAUCUACCGGCAUAUUAAUGUCCUUAUUUUAUACCGUGGUCGAAAUUAUAAUCCGAAAAAUCAGCCAGUAAUUCCUGUAAUGCUCUGGAAGCCCUAUCCUCCGAUUUAUCCAAAGCUUGUGAAGAAUGUUGCUGAUGGCUUGACAUUUGAAGAGAUGAAGGAAUUACGAAACAGAGGACUAAAUUCCCUCCCUCUCAUGAAACUUACUAGAAAUGGUGUGUAUGUGAAUGUUGUGGACAGAGUAAAGGAGGCCUUCAAGACUGAAGAGGUAGUGAGACUAGACUGCACCCAUGUUGGUACCAGUGAUUGCAAAAGAAUAGGUGCAAAAUUGAGGGACCUUGCACCUUGCAUCCCCAUUUUGUUCAAAGAUGAGCAGAUUAUACUGUGGAGGGGGAAACAAGAUCAAGAACAAGACUCCAAGUGCAUUGAUAGAUCAUAGAAAUGGAAAGUCCACGUAUGCUUAAGGUGGUCGAGUUCGUACUCAAUUUUAAGAAAAUCUCUUGGGUCCUAUAUUCCGCAGUUUUUUGUGUCAAAAUACUAUAUUUGGCAGAUUGCAUGGGAUGUACAUUUGUUCCCUAUACUUGCACCUAAAAUUUGUGGCCAAGUAGCUAAGGAAAAAAAGUACCAUUCAUGUACAGUGUCACC